GCGCGGGAAGAGGCAGCAGCGGCAGCGGAGGGUGACCGCAACUCUGACCCUGCAGAAUACGUGGACCUUGCGCCCCAUCACAGAGAGCAUUCGCUCGGAGGCGUUUUGGCUGUACAGCAACAUGGUGUGCAAGUUAAGCCAGUUCAGCGAAGACCUCCGUGUUUGGUCUGAGUCUUGCCCAUGCCACGCCUGGCUGCGCAGUCCAGGCCCUUCUUCGCCCCGCCCAGCCGCCGCCGCUGGAAGCGGCGACAACCCUGCCGGAAGCGGUGGCUCCGCCGACUCUGCCCCCGCCGCCACCGCCGCAGAGAGGCUACAUGCUGUCAGGCAAACCUUGGGCUUGCAGCAGGGCGUCGGGGACGGCUCUCACUAUGGCCCGUGUCCUCUGGCAGGCCAACGAGCCGUCGAGUUGGCCACUGGCGUCAUAUACCAUCUUCUUGACGAUUUGCACGAGUCCUACGUUCGCGAGAUCUUGGAGCACAAUCAGUGCGUUGACCUUGCAGCCAUUGAAAACACGCUGGCUGACUUCACUCUUGGGAAGUCGAAAAUUGCCCAGCACCUUGGCCUCAAGCUGCAGUGCUGGACGCAGCUGCCAUGGAAGCUGGCUGACCCUGCUUUGCACCACCGCUUGCCUUGGAAGCACUUGGCACCAGGGUCUGCCACAAGAGAGGAGCUGCUCGCAUUCAUCGAAGGCACGCCUAUGGAGCAGUGCCCAUCCUUGAGUGACUUUGUUUGGGGCCUGCGCUUCAUGCCCACGCUGAGCCGGGGCAAAUUCACUGGCCCCUACGUAAGCCUUCGCUUACGGCACUCUGCUUUGCGAAAGAUCAUCUCCGUCAAAGAGGAACACACCAAGCUUUUGGAGUACUUUGAGGAGGUGUCCCGCCCCGACACUCUUGCAAAACGCCUUGGCUUCUGGAACCACUCCACUUGGCAGGCGCUGAAAAGUCCUGGUCAGAGAUGCACCCGGCGAGCGAAAGUUCGAUGGGCCUGCGUUGUUUUGUACGCCCUUGACCCUGAGAGCCAGUACAUGAAGCUCACUGCACUUCAGGCAAAGCGACAAGAGGCCAAGGCGCGCAAGAAGAAGAUCAUCCGGAAUAGCAUUUUGCGGGAAGGCGGUGCUCAGAGUGAUCGAUUCAGCCUUGAGAAUGUCGAGCGCAUUGCAAUGUCCGAUCAUUUGCAGCACACCAUGUCCCUGGGCCGGCUUUAUAGCGUGUCAGCAUCCACCAAGCUUCCGGCCCUUGAUGCUGCUCAC